GACCGUUCACGAGGGGGAAGGCUUGGUUCAUCACACUAUAUUUUGAAAUUAUGUUUUUUUAGGUUGCUGUUUCUCAUCUGAAAUAAAAUAACUUACAAAAAUUGCUCAUUUUGAUGGCGAAAAGAAGCAAAAGGAUUCAAGACUCACUUGAAACCUUUCUUUCAUUUUACCUUAAUUUCCUUGAGAAAUCGCUGUUGCACUUUACAAGCUAGGUGUUCAUGUCAAAUGUCACUUCCUUAAAAUUAAAUUUACUGUUUAGCUCAAUCCUGCAAACUUGGGUUUUCCAUUUUUGUUCGUAUUCAUUCAUAAAUAUUUAUUUAAUUGUAAUAAUCACAAUUCUGCUUCCCUUCCCAAAGUAGAUAUUAUCAAGCUGCAAUACACCACUGUAUAUUUCUUAAUUUUUUUAGCAACUUCCAUGUGCAUAAAUGUGUGCAAUUCCUACUGUUUCCUUAUUUGAAUAGCUGCUUCUUUAUCAAUGUUUAACAGAAGCCAGUCAUAUAAUACACAGUAACCUGAUGAAACAGUGUCAUUCAGUACCAGACACUGUCCAAAGUAACAGCCUGAAUUUGGAUUUCUAGCUUUUUUUUGUUGUUGUCAAAGAUCAUUCUUUACCACUGUUAUACAUUCAUAAGGUGAGGUAAGCACCUGCUUUUUUUAUUUGUUUUGGCCUCUGAUUUAGCUACGUGAAGACUUGAUUAGGGCUAUGGAAAAGGACUUAAUAUCUGAAUUUGUAUUCACAGGGUUUUUUGACACUUUCAACCGUGAUGUGUGUCAGUGCACAGCAUUUUAGUUUUCUUAAAAACCUAAAACACUGGCUAAAUGGAACCCAGUCCAGUUAAUAGGAGGACAGGGUGAUAAUAAGAAGACAUUGGCCUAAUCGUGCCUUUCAAACAAAUAACAGAGAAUAUGAAACCAGUGCUAUGUAUAUUUAAGAAAAACGUAUUACCUUGUGCCUUUUGGAUUGUACAAGACCAUUUUUUGAUUGAUGUGACAAAGAUAAAAUAGCUUCUCUGUCAGAGAAACUAAGCUGUGCUUUUCUUUGUAAAUUACGCAACACAGACAUGUCGCAAUACAUGUGUGUUGGAAAAAUGUGAUUUGUUUUUACUAAUGGAAUAUGAAGUAUGAAAAUGUCUUUUCUUUCACUGAAUAUCAUAUGACUUCAAUGAACUUAAAAGAGCGAUGAUAUCUUACCUGUUAAAAACUGUAUCUGGUCACUGUGAAUAUUUCAUAUGAAUAGUGUUUUAUUGGAGUUGUCCUUGUUUACAGUGUUCAGAAAUCCUGUAAAAUAUAGCAAGACAUUUGGUUGAUUAAGGGGUUAAACUGAAUCUAGUUAUUAUUUCUCUAACCCAGGACCACAUUACCCUUCAUUUACCUUGAGGUGACAGUCAAUGUCAAUUUUUGAGUCUCAGGGCCAGGGACUAAACCUUCAGUUAGAAAACGAAGGGGCAUUAUUAUAUCGCUGUACACCUAGCAGGCUGGUCUGUUGCUAAAUGCCUCGGUUUUUGGAUGGGAGUGUACAUUGGCUUUUCACGGGGUUCACUAUUCACAAACAGUUCUGAAACCUGUGUUGUUGUUUUUUUCCCUCAAGUUUUUAAAGGUACUGUUCCUCAGGAAAUUGAAAAGGAUUGUCUGUGUUCUUUUGAGAGAAUAAAAAGAGACCCAGACAAAUUUCUGCAUAAAAUGGAAAACUGCCAGAAGGAGCCUCCUCCAUACUCGCCAGAUUACGCACCCUCAUGGACAAUACCAAGACCCGCAAAUCCAGACUGUGUGCCACACGACGGCCACCCUGCUCCUUCUGCCCCUUCUGGUAACCAUGGCCACGGGAAACUGGCUGUGAUUUUCCCGGUCCCUGACUAUGAUGGAGCCCCUUCAGCAGCUGACAGCAGGGGAGGCUCUCCGGGGGCCCAGCCUGACUGCCCCCCGGGGUACACUGCCGGCUUGGAGCUGGACUCUGACAACUGCUUCUCUGAUAAGGGGAUCAGAAGAGCUUUUGUCAGAAAAGUCUAUCUAACCCUGAUGGUACAGCUAAUAAUUACAGUGGGAAUCAUCUGCAUGUUUCUCUAUUGGAAAACCCUUAACAAAUGGGUGAGGGAGCAGUACUGGUUUACGUAUGGAUGUCUUUGUGCAGUAUUUGUCCUCAUUAUAGUCCUGGCUUGCUGUGCUGGUGUCCGCAGAAAAGUCCCAAUGAAUUUUAUUUUCCUUGGACUGUUUACUGUUGCAGAAGGUUUAACGCUUGGAUCAGUGACAGUUUUCUUUGAUGCUGAAGCAGUCAUGUGGGCCGUGGGGGCUACAGCACUGGUAUGCUUUUCCCUGAGCGUGUUUGCAAUGCAGUCGAAAUGGGACUUCACUACAGCAACUGGAAUCAUGUGGGUUAUCGGCUGGUCCCUUGUAUCUUUCGGAUUAUUAUAUGCAAUUAUCCGAACCAAUUGGCUGUAUAUUGUGUACGCUGCUGUGGGAACACUAGUCUUUUCAGUUUAUCUGGUGAUGGACACCCAGCUCAUGUUGGGUGGAAAACACAAAUACAGCCUCAGUCCUGAAGAAUACAUCUUUGCUGCUCUGAACCUCUACUUGGAUAUAGUUACCAUUUUCCUUUUCAUACUACAGCUAAUUGGGCUAAGUCGAUAAUUUCUUUAAAAAAAAAGCAAUCUCCCCUUCCUGCAUAGAAGAUUUUAAGUCACUAGGUCUGGCUCAUUUCUUAUAGAAGUGCAAUACAUUUCUAAUCAAAUACUGAAGUUCUAGAAAUUCUAAAAUGUUUCCUUCACACCAUCUUUGAAAUGAGAAUGAUGUGGAAAAAUACAGUAUAAGAUCUUACAAUGAAUAACAAACCACUGUGUCACUUUAUCAUUAUUCACUAAUGUGUAAAAGAAUUAUUUUGUGCAAAAGAAUCACAAUGAGGAAAAAGACUUCCAAGUGCAAGAUCACUGUUGUUUUUUAUUUUAAAUGCCUUUGUUAAAUAACUUAUGUCAUUGUACUUUUCCUAUGUUGUUCCAUCUAUGAAGAAUGAAAGUAAACAAUUUUUCCAUUCAA